GAGCGAGAGAAAAAGGAAGCUGCGGAGAAGAGGUCGUCGGAUGUGACACCAAAGCCUGUUGCCUGUCACGGUGCCUACUGGCAGUACGAGAUGGACGGUCACUGGCACCCGUUCUCGCCCGAGGGCAACGACCAGAUGUUUCAGGCUUACAAGGUGUACAUUUCUGAUGCGCAGAACGGCCGCACAGCAAGCAUUGUUGCGGGUGGAGUGGAGCGCAUUGUCGAUUUUCAGCUUAUGACCCAGAUGCAUGCAAGCACGAAGACAGUUCGCCAAAUCCGCAUUGUUGCGGGUGUGCCGCAGCAGUGGGUGAGUGCUCCGGCAGCUUUGUUGACACAGAGCGACCAUCUCGCCUCGCUGUAUGUAAAGGUUUUAGAUUCAAGGCUGGUUGAGCAGGUAACUCAAGUUUUACGGUCCACAGGUCACGCAUGGGACAAAUCAGUCCCAUGUUCUCACAUGAGGGGAGCAACCAUCAAAUCUAUUCAUCGGAUCGAGAACUUCCCACUUUGGCAUCGGUACAAAGCAAGACUUGCCGCUAUGAGGGAGGAUCAUACCAGGUACAACAUUUCGGUGAACCCUGUAGAUCUUGAUCUUGAUGGCCGUGAGGGGACAAUGUCUUCAAGCCAACGGGUUUUGGAUUGCGGCGAUUCCCUGGCCUGGGAUGUGGAUGAGAAGAUUUUACUACAUGGCACGUCAUGGGACAAUGCUAACUCUAUUGUCAUGCAUGGCUUUGACCACAGGACUUGUACACGUGGGAUGUAUGGUGAUGGUGCCUACUUUGCCGGGGCUGCAUGCAAGAGUCAUCAAUACACCUGCAGCAAACAUUCAGGCAAAGCCUGUGCUUGCAAAAGCGAGAGAACCCUGAUCAUUGCGCGUGUCGCGUUGGGCGAUGCUUACCACACCUCUUUCACGCGACACGGAGAUAGGAGGGCUCCCAAACGAAGGCAGGCAAGCGGUAACCACGAUUCUGUUGUGGUCAACCCAGGACCCAUCACUGGGCAUCACAAUCCGAUUCAACUACACCAGGAGUUUGUUAUCUUUGGCCAAGAACAAGCCUAUCCCUCGUUCAUUGUGCAGUAUGUUCCCUAG